AUGAGCUCAGAGGUGAAUGAAUGGUACAGGGGCAGGAAUGUUCUCAUCACCGGCGCCUCGGGCCUGAUGGGGAAAGUCCUCAUCGAGAAGAUUUUGUACAGCGUGCCCGAUAUAGGGUGCGUGUACGCAUUGGUACGCUCAAAGCGUGGCAAAACACCGGAAUCACGCAUUGAAGACAUGUGGAAACUGCCGCUAUUUUCAAGAAUAAGAGAAGAGAAACCGCACGUGAUGAAGAAAGUGGUCCCCGUCGUUGGUGAUAUCAUGUAUGAUAAUCUGGGAAUUGAACCGAAACUGCUGGAACAGAUAUACAACGAGGUGUCGGUAGUUUUUCACUUCGCGGCUAGCCUCCGUCUCGAAGCACCUCUGAAAGAGGGACUAGAAAUGAACACAAAGGGCACAAUGAGAGUGCUGGAUGUAGCAAAAAAGAUAAAGAAUUUGGUAUCAUUCGUCCACCUUUCUACGGCAUUUUGCUACCCAGACUACGAGAGGAUGGCUGAAAAGGUACACGACCCGCCGGCUAAUCCACACGAGGUCUUGCGUGCAGCAAGCUGGCUGACGGAUGAACAAGUCAACCUCCUCACUCCUUCCAUUCUGCAGAAGCAUGCAAAUUCAUACACAUAUUCCAAAAGACUUGCGGAGGCACUCGUCGAGGAACAAUAUCCAAAUAUGCCCGUUUGUGUCGUACGCCCUAGUAUUGUGACUCCUUCGCACAAGGAACCGAUUCAAGGCUGGGUGGACAAUUUGAACGGACCCAUUGGGCUUAUGGUGGGCGCUGGUAAGGGGGUUAUCCGCUCAAUGCACUGCAUCGGCCACUACCACGCCGAGGUGAUACCGGUGGACAUCGCUAUCAAUGCCAUCAUAGUUAUACCUUACUACAUCAACACUCAACCCGAAAGAAGUCCUGAGAUACCCGUUUUCAAUUUAACAUCGGGCGACGACAGGAACACGACUUGGAAGGAAGUGCUUGACGUCGGGAAGGCGACCGUCCGUAAAAUUCCCUUCGAAGGUCCCUUGUGGUACCCCGACGGCAACAUUCGCCAUAAUAAGUUCAUACAUAAUCUCUGUGUUUUCUUCUUCCAUAUCCUUCCCGCCUAUUUCAUUGACUUCUUAAUGCUCAUAUUUGGACAAAAGAGAUUUAUGGUACGGAUACAAAAUCGUAUAUCAGUUGGGCUCGAAGUCUUACAAUAUUUCACGACGCGUGAAUGGUGGUUUGACACGGACAAUUUUAAAGCCCUAACGACGCGUCUCAAUCCAGUUGACUUCAAAACAUUCCCCAUGGAUCUUAAAGUAAUCGAUAUCGUACCCUACAUAGAGAGCUGCAUGAUAGGAGGAAAAUUGUAUUGCCUGAAAGAAAAACUCGAAAAUCUCCCUAAAGCGAGGCUGCAGAAUAAUAUACUCUACGUGGUGGAUUUGAUAGUCUCUGCGUUCGUCUUCUAUCUGCUGCCUCUGUACGUCUUAGUAUCUUACUUUGAGUCGUUCAGAAUGUUGCUGUCGUACGGAGGACCAUUUGUGCGAUACCUUCCACUGGUUGGCAAAGUGGUAUUUCCAGAAGUG